UGCCAAUGUAAAUGAUAGCAAAAAUUGCUUUAGUUGAGACAAUUCUUUAAGCUGUGUACUAGAAUAAAGUUGAAGGUAUAUAAGUAAUACUUUGAAUAAAACUUGUUUAAAUUAAAUACAGCAAGCGAAUAAAUAGGUACUGAUACAGCUCCAGUCUGUGCACUUCUUCAGGAUGAGUUUAGUAGAACUGUUUAUUCUCAGUUGUAUUUACCAAUUAAUAGAUUCUUCCAAAAAUGAAGAUGAAAAAAAUAAGGCUUCAAAGAUAACAUCAUAUUUUCUGGAUAAUUUAAUGGAACAGUUUGGAAGUAAUAAAGAGUUGCAUGUUGACCAAAUGCAGCAUUUGUUAGAUGUUGCCCAGAAAAAGGACAGUUGCCAUGUAGCUUAUCAGAUUGAAGAAAACUCUAAUGGAUAUGAUCGGUUGUAUAAUGGAACAUAUGAUCUCUUUAAUACAUCUAAAAAGCCAGAGUGUCUAACUGCAGCUGAACUGCUUGCUCUGUACAACUGGAAUGGGACCAUUAACUCUGCAGAAUUACAACAAUUCACACCUGGUCUGCUUUAUCAGGCAACAUUACAACAUUGUAACGAUGACAAUAAACAAGAAGAGGCCCUUUCUACAUAUACUCAAAGUGAAGUUUGGGGUUAUGGGAUGCUGAGUAUUACAGUUGUUGUAGGGUCUGGAUUACUGGCAUGUCUGAUCUUUGUAUGUGUGGCCAACCCUCAUGUUUAUGCCAUUCUGCUCAUGACUAUGGUCUCCCUAGCAGUUGGGGUUCUUACUGGUAUGGGUUUCCUGUUUCUCAUACCAGAGGCUCUUCAACUGUCAGAGAAUUAUGAUAAGGGAGAGUAUAUAUGGAAGCUGACGUGUGUGGCAGGGGGACUCUAUUUCCUAGUGAUCUUUGAAAGAAUCAUUAAGGUGUUGAAACAUGCAAAACAGCACAGAAUCAAGCAGGUGAAUUCAAAUGCAAAGUUGCUUGUUGAAAGUCCCACAAAGGAACAGAAGAUGGCAGUGCCAGAAGGAAUGAAGUCUCUUCGCAAGGAGCAAGUAGAUUCAGUAGCCUGGGUGCUUAUACUGGGGGAUGCCCUGCAUAACUUUGUAGAUGGGAUAGCAGUAGGAGCAGGCUUUGCUCAGAGCAUUCUCACAGGAGUGGGUCUAUCUGUGUGUAUCAUAUGUGAACAUGUACCACACAAAGUUGGUGACUUUGCUAUCUUAGUAAAUGCUGGUAUGAGUGUGAAACAAGCUGCAUUAUACACUGUACUAGCAGGCACUAUGUGCUACCUGGGCCUCACAAUGGGGAUACUAGUGGGGGAACUCACUGAUGCUACAUCAUGGAUACUAGCAUUGGCAGCUGGGAUUUUCCUCUACAUUGGCCUUGUAGAUAUGUUGCCGGAGAUAUGUGAAAAAGUGGAUGAUGAAAAGACAGUGAAAGGACAACUGAAGAUAUUUGCUCUCCAAAAUCUAGGAAUCUUGGCUGGUUAUUCCAUUAUGAUUAUUGUGGCACUUUAUGCAAGUGACAUUAGUUUUGAGUAG